UCUAAUUUUAUAAAACGGUUUAUUGGUAUUAUCGGCUUCUGUCGUCGAAUGGCAGCCGACGAAGACAUCGCCUGGCGGGGGUGGAUGUGAUACACGAACGAAAGAUUUUCGUCGGCAAGGGUCAGCAGAAAAAAAAAAGAAGAACGAAAAGAAUGUGCCGGCUGGCCCCACGAGAUCGGCACGGAGUUUCAUUCAUGACAUAAGUACACUAUCCGGCACACUGUUGGAAGAGCCGGGAUGCAGUAAAAACCGCACAUCGUUCUGCUUUCCCAUGGCCAAGGGAGAAACACUAAGUGGCUAAGUCGAUUAUUUCGUUUGAUAGGAAAUUGGAAACCGUCGGCAGUGUGUAUUGGCGCAGAAAGCAUCGAAAAACAGGUUCUACCAAUAAUAGUGAGAAGCGAUAGUUUGUUUAUGCUAGCUGGAGAAUGAUCGGUGUGAUAUCGUAUGGAAACAGGAAACGUGGUUGCAGUUGCUUCACUAGUAAAAAGCGAGUUCCCAGCGGCGGUAAUGUAGGUAAACGUGCCAGAAAAACACGGCACGCACGAAAUCGUGCAGCGGCGAUAUCGAAUAUUAAAACCGGUGCUGACCGUGAGAGAGCAGCACUAGCGCUGAUCGACUGUGGCAGCGAAAAGCAUACAGUGGCGAAAAUGGUACGAGCGAAAUCGGCGAAAACGAAACGCCACCGAACAACGAGACCAACAACUGGCAGCCGCAGCUCAGUGUCAGUGACAGCAGCAAGCAAAAAACAAGAACAAGUACGACGACGAUCGACAAGUUCGGCAAGCUUGGCCGAUGGUGGUGCUUGUGGUAAAAUGUGCGAAAAUAAUCCCGUUCCAUCUGGAGGAGGAGGACCAGGUUCGGGCAGAAAACGAGGUCAUCAGCAUCAUCCCAGAUUCGGGGGCAGCCGGAAAUCCAAUGUACCAGCGGAGGACGUGAUUGCAGCUCUUCGAGGUGCCUUUGACAGUGGAGCAGUGCUAUUUGCAACGGGUGUAACCGGAGUCGGAUCUAGAGGAGAGGAAAGAGGAAGUAUUAGCAGCAGUUCGUCAUCGUCGUCACUGUUGAUUAGUGCGGUAAACACAGACAUAAUCAUCUGUAGCGACGAAAAUGCUAAUCCGUUACAAAAUGUCAUCCGAGCGGGGGCGAACGGGGACAAAGAGAAACAACAAACACCAAUGCUAAUCGAUGCUGAUAAUGACGACGAAAUGGUAAAUAGCAACUGGGAUGAUGAUCUUGUAAAUAAUAAUAGCAGUAACAGCAACCUGGGCCAGGAUCUCAAUGCGGAAGAGGAACAAUUUCGAGAUCCCAUCGACAGUAUAGCGGAGGGUGACGAAUUGUUGACGGAGCCAAGUGAUGAAUUGACUGCUCAACACGAGCAACAACAAUUGCAACAAAGCAACAGCAAUAGUUUAGUUAGUAGCGACCUAAGCAAUAGCACCACCAGCAAUGUAAUAGUUAUAGACGACGAUGAAGACGGAGGUGGAAGUGCUGCUAGUGGGGAACCGCUGGUAAUCAAACUGGAUGAAGUGAGCAGCGGUCAGGAGCUAGUCAAGCAAAUAAGCAAAAAGUUGAAACGUAGUAAAAAAAGUCCGUCCUCGGAUGAUUCCAGCAACGCCAGUGUUGGCCGGAAAAAGUCCAGUAGCAGUAGUAAAAAAUCUUCCAAAAAUUCCGACGGAACUGUCGGCAGUAGUAAUAGCACCGGAAAGCAGCGGAAAAAGAUUCGUACAACGGGAACGGCGGCUGAUGGGUCAAAGCAGGUACAACGGGAGCGGGCAUCCGGCGAUGGUGCACCUUGUGACGGUGGCGGCGAUAGCGGCCUGGGUGAUGACAACGAUCCGGACGCAGCCGAGUGGGCCAAACUGCGCUGCACCAGCGAGCGAACGGAGGUCAUCGCCGAACGGGAACACCGGAGGCAGAAACGAUGCGCCGACUAUCCAGGCCUGGCUUUUGGACGGUCCAUCUUCAGCUCGGACACUAUGAUGAAGUUCAACAUUAUCCGGAACGAGCUGCACAACAUCAUGAAGACACAGCUGAAACGGGCUGAGUCUGAGGUCGCCGCUCUGAACCGUCGUAUUCAGCUGUUGGAGGAAGACCUGGAACGUUCGGAAGAACGUUUGGCUUCCGCCACAGCGAAACUGUCAGAGGCUUCGGCGGCCGCUGACGAGAGCGAACGGAUUAGGAAAGCCCUCGAAAACCGUACAAAUAUGGAGGACGAUAGGGUAGCGAUACUGGAAGCACAACUAGCCCAAGCUAAACUAAUAGCAGAGGAAGCAGACAAAAAAUACGAAGAGGUGGCCAGAAAGCUAGUCCUUAUGGAACAGGACCUGGAACGUUCCGAAGAAAAGGUUGAAAUGAAUGAAAGCAAGAUCGUCGAGCUUGAAGAGGAACUGCGCGUUGUUGGUAACAACCUGAAAUCGCUUGAAGUCUCGGAAGAAAAGGCUAACCAACGUGAGGAGGAGUACAAGAACCAAAUCAAGACCCUCACCACCCGUCUAAAGGAGGCUGAAGCCCGUGCUGAAUUCGCUGAGCGUUCCGUUCAGAAGUUGCAGAAGGAGGUCGACAGACUCGAAGACGAACUAAUGCACGAGCGUGCCAAAAACAAAAUGCUGCAGGAGGAGAUGGAAGCAACGCUGCACGAUAUCCAGAAUAUGUAAGACCGAUAUGCGACAUGCGGGUUCGCAAUAGAAAUCGUCGCCUAUCAUCAACAAAACAAACACACACACACACACAGAGUUAGAAAAAGGAAAGAUGGCGGGAAAGAAUAUAUGGACCCACUAGUCCUCGGGUGCCGUUAAACUCUUUUUCUUCUUCUUUUUACUUCUGGAAUACCAACAAAUACGAGCCACAGGAAAUCUGUACUUCGUCUCUGCGCGUUGCUGCUGUCACACUUGCUACCGUGAGCUAUUGUUUUCGGCCGAGAACCGACAAACCUACAAUACAAACAGGAAAUGGUGUUUUGGGUGGGCCCUACCGCACGUGUCCGGUAGUUUAUCCGCCUGCUCUCAGAUAGAUAGAUUGAUACAGGAAGAAGAGAUAACAGUUGAUUCCAAAUAGAGAUUUAGUACAUUCCAACAGAGCAGUUUUCGCCGCCAAUCAUCAAAAGACAUUUUUUUUCUUUGCUUUAGUUGUGAAAAGUGGAGUAUUAAAUAUAUAGAUAUCGAUCAGCUUUCAAAUUUUAGGGUAAAUUUUGUAACUGCCGGUUACUGUUACAAUUAUAUUAUGAUGUACCAACCAGGGGAUGCAAUGUAUUAUUAUUUGUUUGCCUUAAAAUUGUGCCCGAUGUCGAGUGACGAGUCUUCCGCAGUAGGGUUCGCGGGACGGCGAACCAAGCAAAUAAAUCGAGAUGUGUACAGCAUUUAGACCACACUGCACCACGAAAUCAAGAGAGAAAUGCAUUUAAACCGCACAGCUGCACGGCAAAGCAAACGAGUUUAGCGUACGUGUGUCAGCAAUUAAGCAAAUUAUUGAAUCGAUCAAUAAUUAACCAAUAAUAAUAAAUUGCACAAAAACAAGCGCAACCUGUAGCGAAACGUAAGCGUCGUUAUAAGCAUAAUAGAAGAAACAGAUUCAGAUUAUAGUUAGCCUAGGGAUUUAAGUAGUUUCACACUAGCAGAGUCGAAUCGAUAAUACCUAGGAGUUAAAGUUAAAGGAAAAACCAAGAAUUAUCGAACAUUUCAUCACGAUUUGAUUUGACAUGUAAGAAACCAUGUUGUUUUAUCUCUCAUCGCCUUCCUUUCCGCUUUCUGUUUUGCUUCCUGCAAGUUCUUCCCUCAAGUUUAGUUAUUUCGUUCCGUUCUGCAAUAAGUUAUCCGUAUAUAUUUUUCUUAUUAGAGAGGAUGAGGAACAGAUGAAAUGCAGUAAUUUAUGAACAAGCAGUUUUUUUUUAAAUAAUUGUAAUAUUUUAAGAAACAAAAUGAGAUAUUCCAGGGACGAAAGAAAACUGUAAGCGGUGAAAAAUUGAUCGGAAGAAUCAUCGAAAACGCGCAGGAACAGUGCCUUUGUGACGCAGAAGAACUGCUUUUUCCGAUCGAUUUGGAGCCAUAUUUGAGCACUUGAAAUUGUGUGGCAUAGCCAUUUUGAGAGUAUUUACUUUUUUUGUCAAGACCUAAAUUAAGUGACCGUGUAAGUUUUAAGCGCAGUGUAAAUUUUAUUCCACAAUUUCAUUCCACUCUGUGUACGUAAAAGGCUUUACAUUCUCGACAGAGAGCAUACAGUAAGCGCAGCAGAUUUUGAACGCUGCCGAACUUGUUAACAAAUAUCGCAUUCAAACAGUUCUAGGACAAACAGAAAAAAUAACACCAACAACACAACUACUACAACAACAACAACAGCAACUACAAUAUCAUAUUGAGUGUUUAUAAUAAUAUAUUAUUUUAUUUAAAGCCGA